CCCACGUGCCGUGUGAUGGAGGAGAGCAGCAGCAGCACGCGGAGGUCCGGACAGAAAGAGGAGAUGAAGAAGGUCCGAGGGAAGACCGAGAGAAAGAGGAGUAAAGAGGAGGAGCAGCAGGAGCAGGAGGAGCAGGAGAUCUUCAGCUUCAACGACGGGUCGUCUGAGGAGGAUGAAGAUCUGACAGACAGCGAGGACAGCGUCUACUCAGGACUGGAGGAUUCUGGGAGCGACAGUGAGGAGGAGGAGGAGGAGGAGGAGGAGGUGGAGGAGCAGACUGAGCAG